AUGAUCUUCGGUCGGAAGUUCCACCUACAGACGGAUCACGCGCCCCUUCUAAGAAUUUUCGGAUCAUUGAAAGCAAUCCCGGUAAACACAGCGAACCGGCUGCAACGGUGGGCGCUAACGCUACUGCUAUACGACUUCGUCAUCGAGCAUGUUCCCACACACAAAUUCGGUCAUGCUGAUGUGCUUUCAAGGUUGAUAGACAAUCACGCUAAGCCCGAGGAAGAUUAUGUCAUCGCCUGCCUAAUCCUAGAAGAGGAUAUAAGGGUCGUUGAAAGAGACUCGCAAUCCGACCCAAAGCUUCAAAAGGUUUACCGUUACCUCCAAGAUGGUUGGCCGCAAAAAUGUACCAUUGCGGAUGCAGAGCUUUUGCGGUACCAUGGUUGUCAGGAGUCGCUAAGUACGGUAGACGGGUGCAUCUUGUUCGGAGAACGUCUUGUGAUCCCUGAGAAACAUCGAGGUCGAUGCCUGCGACAGCUUCACCAGGGACAUCCGGGCAUUAAGCUAAAGAAGGCCAUCGCUAGGAGUGUUGUGUACUGGCUUUCCCUAGACGAUGAGAUCGUUGCAUACGUUAAUUCCUGUAAGCAUUGUGCAUCUGUGGUGAAAUCACCGCCGCACUCACCGCCAGUUCCGUGGCCAAAACCAACGGGUCCAUGGAAGCGGGUUCAUAUCGAUUACGCAGGACCGAUCGACCGAGACUACUUUCUGCUAGCCGUCGAUGCGUACUCCAAAUGGACGGAGAUUGUUCAAACACGACGUAUUACAUCAGCAGCAACGAUCAGCAUCCUGAGAAGCCUUUUCGCCCGCCUUGGAAUGCCAGAGGUGGUUGUUAGUGACAACCCAACAAACAAUUAA